UCACCCGAUGAGGUAGCGUGUGAUUGGUUCAGUGUCAGACGUGAGGUGCGAUACACAUUAUGUGCCAUAGGUAGAUGAAAGCGGGUUAACGUCACCAGACUAUUCUACGUAGAAGACUCUAUCGCAGCCAGCUGUUGAAUGAUCUUUAUCAUCCUUUCGUUCUCUACACCCUCCGAAAACGCUGCGUGGGAUGCAAUUUAACAGGCUCGAGAUCGCCCAUACCGUAGUGCAGUUGAAACAGCGAAAGAUGAUUUGUUAUGGUCGGAGGUGUCAGCACGUGAUGUGAGACCAUCUCAUUCGCCUGUGGUCCGCACUUACCCGGGGUUGUGUCCAAUUUGGAGAUAACUACUACGUUAUGUUGGUGGUAUGAACAGUCCAGCAAUGGAAGAUUUUACAUAGAGUAGAGAGGAGACGGCGCAAGUAGGCUCGGAAGGAAUGAUCUCGCCGCUUGAAAAAUGGUGAAAGGGCGAUCCGAAGACCGGACAUGGAGUGGUUUGAGAGGGAUGGGAUGGGAGACUCUCUUUCCUUCCAGGCAGGCAGUAGCUGUUAAUACCAUGUUGUAUAAACGAAGCGUUGAUAAGCGUAUCCGUGGAAAAAAAAAGUCAAACCAACGAAAAUUUUUACUAGAUUAUAAAAAAGUGUUGCAACUUGGUCGUCUUACGAGUUUUUUCUUUUGUGAAGCCCUCUCCCCUCUCUCUCUUUCUCUCUCUAUGACUGCUUGGAUUGACAAGCUCAACGAAAAGGUUGCGGCCUCAAGGUUCGGCCGUUAUUUCCAAUUGGAAGGAUCUGGUCAUAAGCGAGAACGUAAAGGAACUCGUUUCAGCACUGAAAUCCGUGCUGGUCUGACAACUUUCUUUGCCAUGGCCUACAUUAUCUCAGUCAAUGCCAGCAUUAUCAGUGACAGUGGUGGUACUUGUGUUUGCGUAGGAACUGCUGAUGAUCCUACUUGUGAUGCCAACACCGAUUAUAUGAACUGCGUGUACAACAUCAAGCUUGACCUUAUCACUGGUACUACCGCAGCCUCCAUCAUCGCCACCUUUUUGAUGGGUGUGUUUGCUAACCUUCCCCUCGGAUUGGCCCCUGGUAUGGGCUUGAACGCUUAUUUCACCUACACUGUGGUUGGUUAUCACGGUUCUGGCAAGAUCUCUUACGAAACUGCACUGGCUGCUGUCUUCAUUGAAGGUCUUAUCUUCUUCGUUUUGUCCAUCCUUGGUAUCCGUCAAUGGCUCGCCCGUAUCAUCCCCAUGAGCAUCAAGAUUGCUAUGGGCUGUGGUAUUGGUCUUUACCUUUGCUUCAUUGGUCUUCAAAGCUCGGCUGGUAUUGGUUUGGUCACUUUGGACACCGCUACUUUGGUCAGUUUGGGUGCUUGUCCCGAUGCCGCUAAGGAUGCCAAUGGUUCCUGCUUGUGGGGCCAUAUGACCAACGGCACCACCUACAUGGGUCUCUUGGGUUUGAUGAUCAUGGCUGUGUUGUUGCUCUACAGAGCUCGUGGUGCCAUUUUGAUUGGUAUUGUCUUCAUUGCCAUCACUUCAUGGCCCCGUGUCAAUGCCGUUACCUACUUCCCUUACACCGAUGCUGGUGACCAAAUGUUCAACUACUUCAAGCAAGUCGUUACUUUCCGCCCUAUGCAAAACACCCUGGCCCAAUUCAACUUUGACUUGUCCACCAGUGAGGUUUGGAUUGCCUUGAUCACUUUCUUGUAUGUCGAUAUCAUGGAUACCACCGGUACCUUGUACUCUAUGGCUCGCUAUGGUGGUUUCACCGAUGCUUCCGGUGACUUUGAACACUCUACCUGGGCUUUCAUGAGUGAUGCUCUUUCCAUCACCAUUGGUUCUUGCUUCGGUACCUCCCCUUGCACUGCCUUCAUUGAAUCCGGUGCUGGUAUUGCUGAGGGUGGUAAGACGGGUAUCACUGCUUUGACCAUUUGCUUUGGUUUCUUUGUUUCCCUGUUCUUUGCCCCUAUCUUUGCCUCUUUCCCUCCAUGGGCCACUGGACCUGCUCUUAUCUUGGUCGGCUCCAUGAUGUUGUCCAGUGUGGGUAACAUCAACUGGAACUACCCUGGUGAUUCCAUUCCUGCUUUCUUGACUUUGACCGUCAUGCCUUUCACCUACUCCAUUGCCUAUGGUGUUAUUGCUGGUGUUAUCUCCUACAUCAUCAUCAACGGUUUCGUUUGGAUCGUUGACAAGAUCACCUUUGGUAGAAUCACACCUGAUUACAGCCAACGUGAGCAAUGGUGGGUGGGUACCAUGGAUAAGCCCAUCACGCCUACCUGGAUCCGCUUUGUCAUUGCCAAGGCUCGUGGUCAGCCCUUCGAUUUGAACAACGACAGCUUUGAUGCCAAGACCGCUGCUGAUCAUCCUGAAGAAGUUCCCUCCUCUUACACCAACGAGAAGGGUUCUUUGGAAGACAGCCCCGUGGCCAUUCCUUUGGAAGAGACUGCCAGCCAUCACCAAUAAGUCAGUCAGUAAAAGACAACUUUUGACAUGACCUCCACAUCCUCUUUAUCUCUUUCAUUUUCGUUUUUUUUUGAAAAACCUCACCCAGAAAAAAAAAUAAGGGGGAAUUUCUUUUCUUCCAUACACCCCAUGCUUUUUCCACUAUCAUAAACAAUAAUUUCUUUUUUUUUAUUAUUAUUUUUUCCAUAAUACAAAAAAAUCCAUGAACCUUUCCAGGUUCCUUAACGAUC